AUGGAGAAUAUUUCUGUGCAAAAUAUUUCAUUCACAGAAUUCAAAUUAAAUGGUUUCUACAGUCUAGGAGAAUGGAGGCCUUUUUUAUUUAUACCUUUCUUUCUAAUGUUUUUAUUGUCUCUUACAGCAAAUUCUAUUCUUAUAUGCAUAAUUAUAUCUCAAAAGUCUCUGCAUUCUCCUAUGUAUGUACUAAUAGGGUUGAUGGCUGUUGUAGACUUGCUCUUGCCUAUAUUUUUUGUACCCAAUAUGCUUUUUAGCUUUUUAUUCAACUGGGGUGGGAUAUCCCUAGUUGGUUGUUUGAUACAAAUGUUUUGCCUUCAUUUUGUUGGAGCAUUCCAAACUACUUUGCUUUUGUGGAUGGCACUGGAUCGUUACUUUGCCAUAUGCAGACCUCUUUACUAUCAGAAAUACAUGGAAAUACCUAACUUUGUAAAGUUUGUUGUUGUGCCAGUAAUAAGAAACGGAUUACUAAUUGUCACAAUGGUUUCUCUGGCUGGAAAACUGACAUUUUGUGUAACAAAUUUCAUUGAUCACUGUUUUUGUGAGCACAUGGCAUUGGUUCAGCUAGCAUGUGGAGAUAUAACUAUUAAUAACAUUGUAGGACUUUCAACAGCAUUCCUGAUACCAACUGCUGAUUGUAUUCUUAUUGCUGCUUCUUAUGCUGUGAUUUUUGCCUCUGUGUUUAGAUCUGGUAAGGCCCAAAUUAAGGCCAUAAACACCUGCAUUACUCACUUAAUUGUGAUAUCAGGUAGUUUGAUUUUUGCUCUGAUUGCAUUCAUGUCUUACAGAAUAAGAAACAAUUUUUCUACUAACAGUCGUGUGUUUGUGAGCACAAUGUACUUACUUUUUCCAAGUUGUUUCAACCCAAUUGUUUAUGGAGUGAGAACAAAAGAAAUAAGACAAAAAUUUAUUCAGUUUAUAAGUGAUGUAAAGGUAUUUCCAUUGUACAAUAUCUAG